AUGCUGAAAGGCAGAGUGAAUCCAGACAUUAUUGUCUACAAUGCCGCCAUCAGUGCCUGUGAAAAGGGUGGUCAGUGGCAGCAGGCAUUGAACUUGUUCAGGGCGAUGCCGAAAGCCAAAGCGAUCCCAGAUUCCAUCAGCUACAAUGCUGCCAUCAGUGCUUGUGAGAAGGGCAGUCAAUGGCAGCAGGCAUUGAAUCUGUUUGAAGCAGUGCUUAGAGCCAAAGGGACACCAACCGUCAUCAGUCAUAAUGCUGCCAUCAGUGCUUGCCAUAGGGGCCAUCAAUGGCAGCAGGCGUUGCUGUUGUUUGAGGCAAUGCCUCGUUCCACAGUCAAGCCAAACAGAGUGACUUUCUGCGCGUUGCUAGACUGUCCCGGAAUCUCGACUCAAAAUCUUGGCGGACAGAUCUUUCAGCAUGGCUUGCUGCCAAUUCUACAGGAAUCAGCAGCUUUUCAAGAUCUUAAAGUUGACCUCCAUGAACACUCAGAAGGAGCAGCUCGACUCACACUGCAGUGGUGGUUGUCCACGACAGUCGCUAAGCGCCUGGAAGUCAGCCACAAGUUGGACUGCAUCGUGGUCACCGGCUAUGGGAAGUCACGAGAAGCCUGGAGGACGUCAGACAUUCAAGCGGCUGUCUUGGACUUGCUGAAGGGCUUGAAAAUUGAUGCGCGGAUUCUUCGUGAGAACAAGGGAAGGAUUGGACUUUCUCUGACCAAGCAAGACCUCGCGAAAUUACACACUGCUGGCAAAAUUUUCUCGAAAGCUGGCAAUAGAUGA